UGGUCCGUCACAUAACAAGCCAACUCUUACUCACAUAUAGCUUUUGGUUUCUCCAUCAAUGGCGUCUUCAGUGCUAGGAACCUCCCCCAUCGGCACCACUUCCUCCUGGCCAACCACCGUCUCCGGCCCACCGUUACCCUUCACAACCUCCGCUUUCCCCAGCCGUCUCCGUCCGUACGCCGCACAACCGCCGCCCCUCCGCAUUUCCGCCGCCGCUAAAAUGUCUCCACUUCCUCUGUCGGCGGCGGCGAAUCAUCUCCGCCGCGUCCGUCGUCCGGAAUACAUACCUAACAGGAUCUCCGACCCGAACUACGUACGCGUCUUCGACACGACCCUCCGAGACGGGGAACAGUCACCCGGCGCCGCCAUGCAGACGGAGCAGAAGCUGUUGAUCGCUCGUAAGCUGGCCGAGCUCGGCGUGGAUGUGAUCGAAGCCGGUUUUCCGGCGGCAUCAGCGGCCGAUUUCGAGGCCGUGAAAGCCAUUGCCCAGACCGUCGGAAACGACGUCGAUGAGGAAACCGGCUACGUGCCGGUGAUAUGCGGCCUAUCGCGGUGCCGGAAAGAUGACGUGGAGGCGGCUUGGGAGGCGGUGAAGCACGCGAAGAGGCCGAGGAUACACGUGUUUAUUUCGACGAGCGAUAUCCACAUGGAGCAUAAGCUGAGGAAGACGAGAGAGGAAGUGAUUCAGAUGGCUUCGAGUAUGAUCAGGUUUGCAAGAAGCUUGGGCUGUGCUGACGUGGAAUUUGGGGCCGAGGAUGCCGGGAGGUCGGAGAAGGGGUUCAUGUACAAGAUAUUGGAAGAGGUGAUAAAGGCAGGGGCAUCGACCGUAAAUAUCGCAGACACAGUGGGCAUAAAUACGCCUGACGAAUUCGGGGAGUUAAUAUCAGACAUCAAAGCAAACACUCCUGGUAUCGAUGACGUCAUCAUCUCUACCCAUUGCCAAAAUGAUCUCGGCCUUGCCACCGCUAAUACUCUUUCCGGAACGUCUGCCGGAGCAAGACAAGUCGAAGUCACUAUCAACGGUAUUGGCGAAAGAGGUGGAAACGCAUCCCUCGAAGAGGUUGUGAUGACUCUGAAGUGCAAAGGGGAGCAUGCUUUCUGUGGCCUUUACACUGGAAUUGACACGAGACACAUCGUCCCUGCCAGCAAGCUGGUGGAAGAGCACACGGGGCUGCAUGUUCAGCCGCACAAGGCCAUAGUUGGAGCCAAUGCAUUUGUUCAUGAGAGUGGUAUCCAUCAGGAUGGAAUGCUCAAAAACAAAAGCACUUACGAGAUAAUGUUGCCGGAAGACGUGGGGCUCGAACGAUCCCAAGAACUUGGCAUUGUUCUUGGGAAGCUUAGUGGACGUCACGCUCUUCAAGAACGACUCAAACAGUUGGGUUACGAGAUGGACGACACAAAGCUAAACCAUGUUUUCUUGAAAUUCAAAGCUGUGGCUGAACUCAAAAAGAGAGUGACGGACGCGGACCUUGUGGCAUUGGUCUCAGAUGUUGAUACUUGUCGAUCUGAUGAACCCACGUGGAAGCUUCUAGAAGUUCAGGUGGUUUGUGGUUCUGGGACAUUGAGUCGAUCAACGGCUAUUGUCACAUUAGUUGAUAGGAAAGGACAAGAACACGUCGCUUGCUCUGUCGGGACUGGACCGAUUGAUUCCGCCUACAGAGCCGUCGACCUCAUCGUUAAAGAAGCUGUUACAUUGUUGGAAUACUCCAUGGAUGGCAUUUCAGAAGGCAUCGACUCCAUUUCAACCAUUCGUGUUUCUAUUCGAAAAAAUUGCCACUCCAUAGCAUCAACCCAUGAACCCCUUCAAACCUUCGAGGGAAUGGGAGUGGGGACAGAUAUUGUUGUUUCGAGCGUCAAGGCGUACAUUGGAGCAUUGAACAAUGUUAUUAGAAUUUCUAAUAACAAUUUACCAGAAAAAAUACUCAACCAUGGAUCCAAUGGUACUUUUCCUACCCAACAAGACGAACGAUUUCAGUUUCUCGUUUGAUGCAGUUGUCACAAUUAUUAUUAUUAUUAUUUCGAUGUUUUUUUUGGGGUUUGGUUCGAUAAGAUCAUAUUUAAUAUAUAUAUACACGUUACAGGUCCAUUGAUGGUUAUUAUAAUAUGAUGUUUUAUUCUCUCGAAA